AUGGAUGAAGAUAACGCGAUCUUUGAACGCAACUUGAGCGGAUUUAUCUUAUCUGUAUUACAUGCUGCUUGCAGCGAAACGGAAUCAGAUGCAGUGUCAGUUCAACAAGCAUUGGACACAGACACAGCGAGUGAAGAGGAAAGAGAAGCUUUCUUUGGAAAUGCCAGAACCAAAGAGAUUGAGAGACUUACUGCAACAAUGACAGAACAAAAUGCUGAAGCAGAGAACACAGAAACAGCGAGUGAAGAGGAAAGAAAUGCUUUCUUUGGAAAUGCCAGAACCAAAGAGUUUGAGAGACUUACUGCAACAAUGAAAGAACAAAACAAUGAAGCAGAGAACACAGAAACAGCGAGUGAAGAGGAAAUAAUUGCUUUCUUUGGAAAUGCCAGAACCAAAGAGUUUGAUAGACUUACUGCAACAAUGAAAGAACAAAACACUAGAGCAGAGAACACAGAAACAGCGAGUGAAGAGGAAAGAAUUGCUUUCUUUGGAGAUGCCAGAACCAAAGAGUUUGAUAGACUAACUGCAACCACAAAUAAACAAAACGCUGAAGCAGAGAACACAGAAACGGAGAGUGAAGAGGAAACAAUCGCUUUCUUUGGAGAAGCCAGACGUAAAGAGCUUGAUAGACUUACUGCAACACUGAACACACAAGUCGACGAAGUAAUGUCAGCACUGAACACACAAGUCUACAAAGUAGACAAUCAGAACAUUCAAGCUAAACCAAAAAUUAUUACACAGGAGAUUUCUUACAAUCAGGUCGAAACAGAGGCACUAACAGAAGAAACAGCUAGUGAAAAGGACCGUGUAGCGUUCUUCCAAUCGGUUAGGGAUGCAGAGCGACAAAAACUUGUUGAAGCAUUCGAAAGAGAGAAAAAAUGGAAAGAAGAAAGAGAGGAGAGACGAGAGAAAAAAAUACAGGAACAGAUCAGAAAGAUGUUUGAAGAUUUUCAUAGUCCAGCAGUGUGUCCUUUAUCGGCCUCAUGUGAACCAGGUGGAUCAAAAGAGCAGUACCAUCUGUAUCCAAGUAGUAGCAAUACUGAAUACAACAUAAUGCUGAAAUCCUCAGUCUCAAAACUUCACGAGAGAGUGAAAGCUUUCACCGAAGAACAAAAAGAUCUCCAGCGAAAACUUGAACUAUCACAUGCCAUAAAACAUAGAGCUGAUACAGAUGAAAAUAAAGAAAAUAGACACAACAGCAUAAGAGCAAGAAGUGAUGCAGAAAUACUAAAGGCCGACAGAACAAAUGACGUAAAGAAAACAGGCUCUGUCAGACGCUUUGUAAGCAGGAUAUUCAAGAGAAGCAAAUCGACGACAGCUGAUUUAAGUGCUAAGCAGAUAGACCCAGAAGAAUUGAAGCUAGAUUUGACAUUUUUGAACGAUAAAAAAGAGGAUGACCAUGAACAUGACGAAGAUGAAGACCAACUUGAUACAGCAAGAACAUCAAACAGUGAAUGGUUCACACUGAGUGAUAUCGAGGAACCACCUAGGCCAAGACUUAAGCCAUUUUUUACUCCAUUAAAAGAAACACAUGAUGCAACAAAAUCAAAGUCUACCAGUCAUAAAGCCGCUGAAUCAGUCAACACACUUCUGUUAAAUGAACCAAACAAACCAGUUCGCAAACACAGUGAUUCUACCAAUGCAAGCCCUCUAAGUAGAUUUCAUCGUUUAAGUAAAUGGUUCAAACGACUUUGCUGCUGUUGCUGUAGCCAGAAUACUGAAGACAGGGAUACAGUUUGUUCUUGAUUUAAUGAGAUAUGGUUUUUUUUAUCACAUAUUU